AAAAAAAAUAGCCCACUUUGUGCAACCGUGUUGAGGUUGAGAAAGAAAAAAAAUUUAAUGCCAGUGCAUUGUUUUGAAUUUACUUGUUUUGGAAUGCCUGCCAGAUUCUCUCAUUGCGAAAGGAUUAACAAUUUGUUUCAACUGGCAACGCGGUAUCAAAUACGCUAAAGCAACAUGAUUUGGCAGAACUUUGCCGUGCAAAAUUGUCCACCGAGUAUUUACUACCUGCCCGACUUCAUUACAAAGGAAGAAGAGUGUGCGAUAAUCCAGGCGGUCGACAAGACACCGAGGCCCCGAUGGACACAGCUGUCCAACAGACGGUUGAUAAAUUAUGGUGGAGUUCCUCAUCCGAAGGGAAUGAUAGCGGAAGAUAUUCCGGUCUGGCUACACCAUUACGUCGAACGCAUCAAUCAGCUGAAUGUGUACGCGGAAGGCAUCCAAGCCAACCACGUGCUGGUCAACGAAUAUCUUCCCGGCCAAGGCAUAAUGCCACACUUGGACGGGCCACUGUUUUUCCCCACCAUCACAACGAUCUCCUGCGGCUCACACACAGUGCUGGAGUACUACGAGCAGACGGAAGAUGCAAGUGGACAGAGCGGCAGUGGAUCGUUAGUGCGGCAGCACAAAACAAGCGUCCUGCUGGAACCUCGAAGUUUGCUGGUUGUGAAAGACGAUAUGUAUCACAAAUAUCUUCAUUCGAUAGCAGAGCGGGAAGAGGAUACAAUUGAUGCCAGGGUAGCGAAUCUAUCGUUGGUUAGCAACGCUCAUGCGGGCGACGUCUUAAGGCGAGACAAGAGGAUAUCGCUAACAAUCCGCCAUGUACCGAAAACGAGUAAAAUGAAAAUAAAAAUAUUUUAACUAUA